CCUGCGUGGUGAGGCGGCUGAGGACGAGGCACAGCCGUGCCCCGGCAUCCCUUACCCUCCGCACCCCAGUCCCCCACGUCCGGCCCAGUUGCCUCGCGGCCUAAGAGGGCGCGGCCCUACGCCACCCCCACCCCCAGGCCGUCCCACCGCCCCCACAAGCGCUCCGCGCGCGCCCGCCCCACCCCCGGCACGCCCCCCGCCCCGCCCGUCCGCCGGGCCUCGAGCAGCCCUGCGGGCCUGCGCGACCCUCGCAGCAGCGCCGCUCCUCCGCCUCCGUCGCCAUGGACGUGUACCCCUCGCACUGGCUAGGGCUGCUCCGCACCCGGUCCCCUGGCGGCUUCGGCCGCGGGUCGCCUUCCGUCAGCUGCAGCCGACUCCGCCAGGUUCAGAGCAUCCUGACCCAGAGCAGCAAGUCUCGGCCUGAUGGGAUCCUCUGCAUCCUAGGAAUUGAUAGCAGAUACAAUGAAGGCUGCAGAGAGCUGGCAAAUUAUCUUCUCUUUGGAUUAUACAAUCAGAAUACCAGUGAUUUUGAGAAAACAGGAUUUUCUGAAGAAGUUCUAGAUGAUGUAGUUAUGUUGAUUAAAUCAGAUAGUGUCCACCUGUACUGUAAUCCUGUCAACUAUCGCUAUCUCUUACCCUAUGUGGCGCAUUGGAGAAAUCUGCAUUUCUACUGCAUGACUGAAAAUGAGUAUGAAGAUGAAGAAGCUGCAGAAGAGUUUAAAAUUUCCAGCUUUGUGGAUAUGGUUAGAGACUGUAGUAAAAUUGGCAUUCCUUACAGCUCCCAGGGUCAUUUGCAGAUAUUUGAUAUGUUUGUUGUAGAGAAAUGGCCAAUUGUACAGGCCUUCGCACUUGAGGGCAUUGGAGGAGAUGGAUUUUUUACCAUGAAAUACGAGUUGCAGGAUGUGAGUUUGAAUCUGUGGAAUGUCUACAGCAAGAUGGAUCUUGUGUCUCUCGAGAACUUGCUUUCAGAAGAUUUGGUGGCUUUUGAACAUCAGUGGACUAACUUCUUCGCUAAUUUUGACACAGAAAUUCCUUUCCUACUGGAACUUUCAGAAUCUCAGGCUGGUGAGCCAUUCAGAAGUUACUUCAGUCAUGGGAUGAUCUCCAGCCAUAUCACUGAAAACAGCCCUAAUCGACAGCCAUUUGUUCUCUUUGGUAAUCACUCCACACGAGAUAACCUGAAUGCUGGCAACUUUAACUUCCCUUCCGAAGGUCACCUGGUACGCAGCACUGGUCCUGGUGGGACCUUUGCCAAACACAUGGUAGCACAGUGCAUCUCACCAAAGGGACCCCUUGCAUGUUCAAGAACAUACUUUUUUGGAGCUACUCAUGUUCCUUACUUAGGUGGUGAUGACAAGCUGUCUAAGAGUGAUAAGCUUCCCAAGAAAACUGAACAAAUUAGGCUCUUGUCCCAGAUCUAUGCUGCUGUUAUUGAGGCUGUUUUAGCUGGCAUUGCAUGUUAUGCUAAAACUUCCAGUCUAACAAAGGCAAAGGAGUUAGCAGAGCAGACCCUGGGAUCUGGAUUAGAUUCCUUUGAGUUGGUUCAGUUUAAGACAGCACUACGCUCCAAGAUAGCUUUUCAUAUACAUGCUGUGAAUAAUCAAGGAAGAAUUGUUCCUCUGGACAGUGAAGAUAACUUAUCCUUUGUGAAAACGGCUUGUAUGACUGUCUAUGACAUUCCUGACUUGCUGGGAGGAAGAGGAUGCCUAGGAUCUGUGGUCUUCUCAGAAUCGUUUUUGACAUCUCAGAUGUUGGUUAAAGAAAAGGAUGGCACUGUUACCACAGAGACCAGCUGCAUAGUCCUGACAGCCGCGGUACCCAGAUUCUGCUCCUGGCUGGUAGAAGAUAAUGAAGUAAAGUUGUCUGAAAAAACCCAGCAAGCAGUGAGGGGGGAUGAGUGUUUCCUGGGCACUUUCCUAGCAGGAGGAGAAGGAGCAUAUCUUUAUCCCAGCAAUCUGCAGCCCUGGCCUGAGGAAGGGACUGUGCAUUUCUUCUCCAGUGGCCUUUUAUUUUCUCACCGCCAUCAUGGGAAUAUCAUCAUUUCUAAGGAUCACAUGAAUUCUGUUUCUUUCUAUGAUGGGGAUUCCACCAGUAUUGUGGCUGCCCUUCUCAUCGACUUCAAAAGCUCAUUGCUUCCUCACCUCCCAGUUCAUUUCCAUGGAUCAGGCAAUUUUCUGAUGAUUGCCCUUUUUCCAAAAUCAAAGAUCUAUCAAGCAUUUUACUCAGAGGUCUUCUCCCCCUGGCAACAGCAGGAUAACUCAGGGCUCUCUUUAAAAGUGAUCCAGGAAGAUGGAUUAUCUGUGGAACAAAAGAGAUUGCACGCCAGGGCACAGAAGCUCUUCAUUGCCCUGAGUCAUCCCGCGGGAGAGAAGUGGAGUUCUCUAAAGCUGCUCUUAGCCAGACUCCCAGAGCUGGACUGGUUUCUCCAGCAUUUCGCUUUCAGCAGCAUUAGUCGGGAGCCUGUGAUGCGGACCCAUCUCCCCGUGCUGCUGCAACAAGCUGAGCUCAGCCCCUGUCACAGAAUAGAAAAUGACAAGGUAAUCAUCAGCAUUGUAACCGGACUCCCAGGCUGUCAUGCCAGCGAGCUCUGUGCUUUUCUGGUCACUCUGCAUAAGGAAUAUGGCAGGUGGAUGGUGUACCGCCAAAUCAUGGAUAGCUCAGAAUGUUUUCAUGCUGCACACUUCCAGAAAUACCUUUCCAGCACCCUGGAGGCCCAACAGAACCGUUCUGCCCGCCAGUCAGCCUACAUCCGCAAGAAGACCAGACUGUUGGUGGUAUUACAAGGCUACACAGAUGUGAUUGAUGUGGUGCAGGCCCUGCAGACCCACCCAGACGCAGAUGUCAGGUCUUCCUUCAGCAUCGGUGCUGUCACAGUGUGCAUGGACCCUCUAAGCUGCUACAUGGAACACAGAUUCCUCUUCCCAAAAUGUCUUGACCAGUGUUCACAAGGCCUGGUGAAUAACGUCGUGUUCACAAGUCUCACCAUGGAGCAGAGGCACCCUCUCUUUGUUCAGGUGCAGGGCCUCAUCAGGGCUGCCAACCCCUCUGCAGCCUUCAUUCUUGCAGAAAACGGGAUUGUCACCAGGAAUGAAGACGUUGAACUGAUUCUCUCAGAAAAUAGCUUUUCAAGUCCUCAGAUGCUACGAUCUCGAUAUUUAAUGUACCCUGGCUGGUAUGAAGGUAAAUUCAGUGCUGGCUCAGUCUUUCCACUAAUGGUUCAGAUCUGCGUGUGGUUUGGCCGACCCUUGGAGAAGACCCGCUUUGUGGCCAAGUGUAAAGCAAUUCAGUCCUCCAUCAAGCCCAGCCCCUUCUCUGGAAACAUCUACCACAUCCUGGGCAGAGUGAAGUUUUCAGACUCUGAAAGGAUGAUGGAGGUCUGCCACAACACGCUAGCCAAUUCCCUGAGCAUCGUACCAGUUUUGGAGGGACCCACACCACCAGCAGUCUCAAGAAGCACCCCACAAGACAGCAGUGGGCAGCAGGAAUGCUACCUCGUGUUCAUUGGCUGCUCCCUGAAGGAAGACAGCCUCAAGGACUGGCUGCGGCAGUCAGCUAAGCAGAAGCCUCAGAGGAAAGCUCUGAAGACCAGAGGAAUGUUGACCCAGCAGGAGAUCAGGAACAUCCACGUGAAACGCCACCUGGACCCCCUGCCUGCAGGCUACUUCUAUAAUGGCACCCAGUUUGUAAACUUCUUUGGCGAUAAAACUGAUUUUCAUCCUCUCAUGGACCAGUUCAUGAAUGACUACGUGGAAGAAGCCAACCGGGAAAUUGAGAGGUACAACCGAGAGCUGGACCAGCAAGAGUACCAUGACCUCUUCGAGCAGAAGCCCUAGGGAAAGCUGGGCCCGAGCGCCCACCAGAGAUGGACAGACUUGUCUCAAUGUCUAACUCCCGCUCUCCCAGAGGGCCCCCCUGGAGGGGCUGUGCCUUCCUUGCCCCAUGUGCUGGCUUGAGUGCAUGUUGUCCUUGUUCUCUGCAGCACCAAAGUACAUUGCCUGCCCCCCUGCAUGGGGGGCAGGGUGCGCUGUGUGCUCGCAGUCCAGGCCCCUGGACUUCUGCUAACAGUAUUUCCUUUGGGUUGCUGAGGCACAGGGUGGGCUGGGGAGAAGCACUGGGAUUGCACUGAGGAUUUACAAGGAACCUGGGCUGCCUAAUCUGCAGCUGAGCCUGGGGUGCACCCACCCACCCAGGCCUCAGAUGCUGCCCCAGGAAAGCCCUCAUCCCCAGUAGUGUCUGCUGCCCCUGCUUAGGCCUUUCCAUUGAAGGACCUGGACCUGCUGGCCCUGCUGGCCCUGGGCCUCUUCUAGGGGGAGUGACAAAAGCCCUGCCCCAGCCCAACCCACAGAGCCAGCAGCUUGGGCUGAGAGCCCAGCAAGCUCUCCAGGGGAUUCCCUCAUGGCACUCAGCUGAGGGCAAGGCAUGAGGCUUUUCAGAUGUGUGGUGGCCCUCACGCUGACAUCGCAGCCAACAUGUGACUGGUUCUGGAGCCCCGCAGCAUUGCUUGGUGUCCCUCAUUCAGGGAGGAGAGCAGUCCUGUUGCCCAAGCCCCAGGCACUGUCUCCAGCACCCCACCUUGCCAGGGAAGGCCUGCUUCUUAGCCACAGACUUCAGGAAAUUCAUGGCCCCGAGGCAUUCUUCCUGGCCCUGGAUUUGUUUGGCUCCUAAGAACCAGGAUUUUCAAACAACUCCAAUACUCAAGUUAGGAUUCCUUCGAGUGAUGAUGUUUUCACUAGACCACAAAGCAGAGGGAACUGAAAUUGUGUUGCCGCCGCAUCUUCAUAAUUAGUGUGUGGGACAGAGAGUCGUAGGCACUGAUAAGUAGGUGAUAUCCAUUAGGUUUCCAGCACCUCAGCUGCCUGGAUUGUAAAUGUUUUCUGAAUUUCACAUAUUUUUGCAUGCCUUAGGAAGAAGCACAUAGGUGAAACCAGCAUAGUUUCCUGUAAUGUAGAGGGGUUUUGAGAAAAGCCCCUGAUGCAGAGGAUUGCCAGGAUGGAGCACAGAGGCCUGAGUGCAGGUAGCAAGCAAUUAGCAAGGACUUGCUCGUAAAAUAUACUUGUAUUAGAAAAAAACAAUUCUGCACUGAAGCAAAAUGAACAAAACUGCAAAUACCAUUGAAAGAGAAAUUUUGCAUGAAGAAAGGCUCCUGAAAUUCAGGCCACGUGCCUCAGUCCCUGCUCUGCUGGCAGGGUUUCUGCUCUGGAGCCCGAGUAGCCCCUGACUUCUGGCUGGCCAGGGGCCAGGGCCCACGGCCCACGGCCCACAAAUGGGCAGCCUCUGCUUCAGAAUCAAUAACAUAGAUCUUAAGUGCAAUUGAUUAAUAAGCAAUGAGUUAUUGUAGCUUCUUUUAGCUCUACCGAGCUCUUUUUAAAAACUCAAACUUGAGCAGCCUUAGAAAAGGGAAAGGGGCGGGGUGGGGGUGGGGGGACCACAGGCCAUUUCAUUUCUUCCAGGGGUUGCUAUGACGUUUUCAGUGGAAGCUCUAGAAACAGGAGCUUGAGCCAUUUCCUAACUGCCCUGGCCUGGCAGUCUGGCUGCUACACAAAGGAGUUUUUAAAGAGGGGUCGGGCCGUGCACAAGAGCAGGCCUGCCUUCCACAUGGGGCUUUGCUGCACGGCGACCUUGGGUCCCGAGCAACUGUUGUCUGUAGUAAUGCUCUCUCACCAACCUGCCCCACUGUCCCCACUGCCCUCCUCAGAGAGGGAGAAUUUUGAUUACCUCAACUUGAAUAUGAAACUGUGAUUGAAAAAAAGGUAAAACAAGUAUCAAAGCCAAAAAGGCAAAACUGGCUGAGGCCUCUAGAUGCUCCCUGGGCUGCUCGGGAGUGUGAGGGGCACACUGGCGAGAGGGCAUCCAGGCACAUGUGCCCCCGGGGAAGGGCACAGCCGCAGUGCACCACGCUGUUUGAGGACUAGGGCUGGGAAUGUGCGGCCUCCCACCUUUCUCCUGGAACCUGCGGCUUUUCGGGUCGGAGCCUGGAGUUCAGUUGAUAGCCACUCGCUUCCUCUCGGCCCAGGAGCAAGGUCUGGGGCUUUCUUCAGAGGAAAGGCCAUGACACUGUGUUUUAGCUUCUGACCUUAGAAGUGGAUACCAGGGACCCAGCAAAGACAUGGGAGCAGUUCCAGGAAAAGGCAAAGUCCUCCAGGGGCUUACAUGCUUUUGCCACCUUUCCUGUUAACAGCUUCAGUUGUACAUCACCGGAGUGUGUGUGUGAUAAUGGUGACUGAACAGUCACUGAAGUUAUGGGUUAUUUUGUGUUGUGGGAGAUUCUUUUUCUGAUUGGAAAGAGGAGGCAGAAAUUGGAGAAAAUUAUAUCGCCCUAGGAAGGGGCCAUUAGCGAGGAAUGUGGUUGGCCCCACCAAGCCCUGGGGUGCUCCCACCGGAGGCAGGGAUGCUGGCCCUUCAGGUUGGGGUACAAAGUUCCCUCCUAAAUUCUGUUAGGAUUUUGGAGAAUUUUUGCACAGUAAUAAGCUCUGGGUUGCUCUUUGGGCUUCUCAAAAGGGAAAAGUUCAACUCAAAGAUUGUAAACUAUGAAGUAUUCCAGCUGCGAUGCUGACUAGUCGAAUAGUUGUACCUCAAAAAGUAGGUGAGAAAUGGCUUCCUCUUUGUCCCAAGUGGUCAAAUACUAAUGGCAGAAGAGCUCACUUACGUGCCAAAAUUCAUUUUAUACUAGUGCUUUAAUAUUUGUAACUUAAAUUUUAAAACAUUUACAAACACUACUGUAACUUCAGUGAAACUGAAUUGUGUGAUUGAAGCUUUUUGCUUAUAGUAUUUAUUACACUACUUAAUUCAGUAAAGAUAUAAAGUAGCCUUCAAUUUAUUUUUAUAUUAUUUUACAUGUUUUUACCUGCAGUUGUGUAUGUGAUUUCACCUUGGUAAUUAAGAUGUAACGCUAAGGACCAAUAAACUACCACCGAACAAGCAA